AUGCUCAUAUUUGAAGAUUCUUAUGAAAUUAUUUGCCCAAACAAUGAAAACCUGAAUUUCUCCACUGAAGAUAAUGAGCUUGAAGAGUCAGCUACAUAUACACCUUUUGGUGUGGUGAGGCCAGCAUAUGAAAACAAUUACAUCACCCCUUGCAAGAAUCUGAAGAUAUCUUGGGAUAACUUCUUUUUUAGUUUUUUAGAGAAUAUGAAAUCUCAUAUGAAAUCUGGGCUAUUAGAUAUACUAUACAAUAUAGAGUCUAAAGCUCAUGAUUCAUGUUUGUUCUCUGGACUACAAACUAUUGCAGUGCUAGCUGGAACCAGUGUGUCUGAUCACACUCUCACUUUCAGUAUAAUUGAAGAUUUUCUGAACAGCUCAGAAAAGACUAUUUCAAUUAUGAUAGACCAAGAUAAAACUUGUUUAGAAAAUUUUACGAUAUCUUCUAUAUUGGAUUCUAUAUGGGCUCAAAUUAAGUACAAAUAUUGGGAUACGCUUACGGAAUCCUUGAAUUGGAACGAAACAAAUAUAUAUGGAACUGAAAAUACACUUAUAAAUGAUUUCCAAAAUGACAGAUUCGAUAUGAAUUGCAAAAAAAGAGUAAAAGCAGACAGUAUUGUAGAAACUGUGAAGAACUCAAGUAGGAAGUGCUCUAAAAAAAAACUUUGUGCUUUAUAUCUAGAAGAUAAAAAACUUUGCAGUGACCACACAGAUUAUUGGGAUACAGAGUCACUAAAUGAACAUUGUUCAUGGCUAUCCUCUCGACAAGGACUUUUUUCUAAGAUCAGAGACCGAAAAUUAACCUUGACAGCCUCCACAAGCUACGGAUUUAAAAUUAUUGGAAAUUUAUAUGGCAAUCGGCGAAAGAAAAAUUUAAAGAUAUUACCAAUAACUAUUUUAUUACCAAGAGGUGAAUGUUUAGCACCUGGUUUAUUAGGACAACUACUGGAACUUUUAUCAUAUGUACGUGAAUCUUAUAAGAUACCAUUUGUUGCAACGAUUGGAGUUACAUCAAGUAUUACAUUUAUACAGCACGUUAUUGGUGCAAAUAUAAUGCCUAAACUACAAUUAGUCGCUAUUCAAUUGUUGAACUCUAAAAAGCUCUUUUAUAAUUCAAUACUUAGACCCCUUGUUUUUGGUCUGCAAGGAAUUCUUCCAGAAAUUGAAGAUGCAACUCAUGAAAAUAGGGCUCUGUAUUUUGAUGAUUCAGGUUAUAUAUCUACGAAAACCAACUCUACUGAGGUAUCCCCUAUAAAAGGAAGUUCCUUUAUAGAAAUGUCUAAUAAAAAUUUUGCAUAUCCAAUACUAUGCUCAUCUAGUUUAUUAUAUUUGAAGGAUUCAUUUUUUCAAAACCACUAUAGUUUAAUAAAUGCAUUGAAAAUGGUGUAUCUGGUAUUUCAAAGAUUCUUUUCAACAAGUCAAUAUAGAUUUCUAUUUAAUAUUUUAGAGGAAAGAUUUGGUGAAGAGUCAUUCCAACUAUUCCUUAAGGAAAAGCUGAAUUUUCUAGCUAAAGUGCAGCAAAAAUGCUCUGAAAAAAAGAGAGGACAAAGAUUAAGCACCAAAGUACAUGACAAACAUGAACUAAAGACAGAAAUGCUAAGACAAUAUAGAUUAGGUAAAAUUGCAUUUCUCAAACUGAAAAUAGGACUUAGAAUACUAGACAUACUUUAUCAGAAUUUUAUGAAUAUACUAGAUACUAAUGAUAGAUUCAAUUAUAUUCUUAACUGGUUAAGCCUUUUGGAAUCAGCCGAAAUUGUCAAGAUAAAGGCAAAAAUUAAUGAAUUCUCUAUUGAGAUACAGCGAAAUAUCAACACUAGCACAACUUUGUGCUCAGAAACUGCUACCCUCAGCCAUAUAAAGCAGUUAACUGAAACUUUCAAUUUUUUCUUUGAGUUAACUUUUCAAAAGGAAACCAAAAUACAACUCCUUGAGCAGAAAUUUAGAAAUAUUGAAAAUAUACUGUUAGAACUAUUUUUACCCGAGAAAAUUUAUUUAUUUGAUAAUCCCCUAAUAGAAACUAUAUCUACUGUAAAUUUUACGGCUCCUCCAAUUGAUAUUCAACUGGAAAACUUGAUGUCGCCUAUAUAUGUAAAACCUUUAUUACAGAAGUUAACAAAUUGCAGUGAUGAUAGGCAAGCUAAUUCUAAUUUGGAUGAUAAUGCAAUAAUUUACAGAUUGUAUGAAGUAACUCCUGGUUACAAGAUCAACUUGUUUUAUUGGUUUAUAGCUUUCUGUGAACAAGUCAUGUCAAAGAACAGUUAUUCAAAAUUAGAUGUUAAAAUAUCAGAUAAACCCAAAACCAAUAUAAAAAGUACAAAUUUAGAGAUAAAAGAUAAAAUAUGGAGUAUAUCUGCUAUUACCGAGACUGAGGAAAUACCAAUACAAUAUCAACUUUUAUUGCACCGUUUUAUAAUAGCUAUUGGAACUAUUUGCUUUCUUGGAUUAAUACUAAUUCCAAACAGAUCAAAUGUAAACAACAAAAGUGAAUUUAUAAAUUCUAGUGAUUUAGAUACUUUAGAUACACUAGAUUCACUAGAAAAUAAGAAGCUUAAUAAUAAGUUAACAAACAUUAUUAAAAAACUUUUCGGGGCAAUCUAUGCACACAAACUUCAAUGGGGUCGUGUGUGGUUUGUUAGAGAAUAUGAGGAAUAUAAGGAUGAUAUAUCAGGUCACAAAGAGUUACAGGAUUUAGAAAGCCAGGAAGAUGAAGAUAGUUACUUCCAAGAAAAGAUUAUUGUAGACAUACCACAUAAAGACACGUAUAACGAAAGAACAAAAAAGCUCAUAUGUUUAGAUAAUGAACAUAAAAUUUCGCGAGUUAUGCUAAGGAGGAGAGCAGCAGAACUUAAUCAAGGAAAAAUUAAGAAACUCGAAUUAAAAAGGAGAGAGAGACACAAGCUUGCUAUUAACAGCACUAAAUUAACCAGAAGAAGAGGCCAAUAUUGA